UGCUGUUAGAAUCCGGAAGUUAAUCAAUUGAUCAAUAACUUGUUUUAAUUGGGUAAACCUAGAAUAAAACGUGUUCUAUACGUUAUGUUAGAACAAAAAUGUAUCGCUAAAUUUCUAUUGUAUGUAGUAUGAAGUUUCCUGGUCCUGUAUGAAAAGAAAGUUUAUGAAUAUUUAUUGUCUAAUUCGAUGCAGAAUAUAAAAUGUAUCUGUAAUGCACGGCUAUUUAUUGUCUAAUUCGAUGCUAGAAUAUAGAAUGUAUCUGUAAUGCACGGCUAUUUCAUUUCUAAUAUUGACGUGAAUACAAAGUUGAGACCAUGCUUAGAACAUCGUCUUGGUUUGUUGUUGCUCUCCUAUUUUCAGUCCAUUGUCUGCAAAGACAGUUUUGGUAUUCCAGAUUGUACAAAGAAGUGGCCAACUCAUCCCUUGCCGUGCUUUAUGGAGAAGAUUGUAGUCUUGUUCAUUGUGCAGGACUUUGUUCCGGAGACGACUACUGCAUGGAGUUCCUUUACAGCGAAACAAGUAGACAAUGUAUUGGACUUGCCUGUGUAAGGAAGGAAAGCUUCUCGCAUCAGUAUGUUGUACUUGAAUCUGCACAAAUGUUACGGUAUGGAAAAGAGUUUAAAUGGGUAGAAUAUUUUGGUCAGUAUUAUUUCUAUGGAGAAGAGAAACUCACAUGGGAAGACGCUAAGCUGGCAUGUCAGAAAAAAUGUGCACAUUUGGUGGAAAUUGAAACGAAGGAAAAAUCUGACUGGCUGGCAACUACAUUUCUUUUGAAUGACGGUUGUUCCGAUUUGUACCGAACAUGUACAGCUUGGACUGGACUAAACGAUCGUCAGCUUGAAGGUCACUACGUAUGGGACCAUUCAAACACGUCCAUGGCUUUUAUCAACUGGUAUGAAUACUAUCCAAGCCAGGUUGAUCCGCGAGACUGCGUUGACAUUCUGUGGAAUGGUGCAUGGAACGACAGACCCUGCUCGCAUUUAAACCCAUUCAUCUGUGAGAGGAACAAUGUUACGUAAUAGGCCGUAUAUGGCAACUCGUAUAUGAUACAAUAUUUAUCACAAUGGAGUAGAGGUUAGAUCAACAUGGAUUUUCCUAUUCAAGAUUUAAAAUUGUGACUGCAUCGAUAGUUUCAAAAAUGGGAUGUUGAUCGUAUUUAGAUCAGUUCAUUUGUUAAACAUUAUCUGAAUGCUUUUACAGCUGUCUACAUUGACUUUAUACCCGUAAUAAAACGGCUUUGAU